AAGAGCAAGGGGAAACAUGUGAGCGCUCUGAGGAUCUAGUGAGAGACAAUUUUGUGCUUACUUUUUUGACCCAAUGCACUGUGCUGAAACGGAUUUUAAAUCAGAAGGAAGGACACAAAUUAAGCUUACUGCAAUUCUCAGAGUUUGCUUAUUCUUUGCUUUGUUUUCUUUACGAGAGAAAAAUGUGUAUUUCUGGGGUAUGCCAUCAUAACCAGCACUACCAUUAAUUUAUUUUAAAUAACAUUUUUUUAUUUAGCAAAUAUUUAAUUCUGAUUACUUUAUGCGUAUACCUUUAUUAAACUAAAUUAUUAUAAUCAUUUACCUGUGAUACAGCAUAUAGGUCUAUAUAAAUAUAGAUAAUAUAGUAUUUUUUAGGUUUGCACCGUUGCUUUCAACAGUGAUUUCUCUCACAUCUUUUGAUUCCAACGUUUUUUCAAUAUGAGGCAUUUGAAAUUUGUACUCGUGUUGGCUAUUGCAGUCAACGUUUGGGAAUGUGGGGAUUCGAAAUUUGGCGAGAAGGGGGAAAUAAGCCCGAGGAGAAGGAGAUGUUACGACGGGAGCAUGCCCAAGCGACUGAAGAAGAGGGAAAGAAAACUGUCAGUGGACAGCGGUGCAAGCAGCGGGGAAGUUUGUCACAGGUUGUACCCUCGUGUGUCAUGCUGUCCAACCAGGCGUGCUGCUUAUCAGAUAGUCCACCGGCGUGAUGCCAGGAUCUUCUCCACCAAUAACACGGAGUGCAGCCGUCUCCUGGAGGAGAUCAAGUGUGCACACUGUUCACCCAACGCCCAAGUGCUGUUCCACUCCCCCGAGUCGGAUAAGGUCCCCCUCAGAGAGCCCCACCUGCCACGCCUCUGCCAGGACUACUGCCGAGAGUUCUACUAUACCUGCCGCGGACACAUACCAGAGCUGUUCCAAGCCGAUGUGGAUGAGUUCUGUCAAUACUACGGACGGCGGGACGGAGGCCUGUGCUUCCCAGAUUUCCACCGAAAGCAAACACGGGGACAGGACUCCAACUACUUGGGAGAUGAGAAAGUCGAAGACAUCAACAGGAAGCACAAGCACAACUGCUACUGUGCCCAGGUGGUGUUGAGUGGGCUGAGGCAGCCAGUAGCCGUGGUGCACUGUGGGGACGGAUCCCAGCGCCUCUUUGUCCUGGAGAAGGAGGGCUUCGUCCGGGUGCUGACCCAUAACAUGGAGCUGCUGAAAGAGCCUUUCCUGGACAUCCACAAGCUGGUGCAGACCGGACUCAAGGCAGGAGAUGAAAGGGGUCUGCUAGGUCUCACAUUCCACCCCAAUUACAAGAAGAACGGCAAGCUGUACGUCUCCUACACCACCAACCAGGAGCGCUGGGCCAUCGGACCGCACGACCACAUUCUGCGCGUGGUCGAGUACACCGUCUCCAGGAAAAAUCCGAACGUGGUGGACAGUAGGACCAUGCGGAUGCUGAUAGAAGUGGCAGAGCUGCACAGGAAGCACCUGGGAGGACAGCUGCUGUUUGGCCCUGACGGCCUGCUGCACAUCGUCCUGGGAGAUGGCAUGAUCACCCUGGACGACAUGGAGGAGAUGGACGGCCUUAGUGAUUUCACAGGGUCUGUGUUGAGGGUGGAUGUGGACACAGACUGCUGCACGGCUCCCUACUCCAUACCCAGGAACAACCCCUACUUCAACAGCACCAACCAGCCACCAGAAAUAUUUGCCCACGGACUCCAUGACCCAGGCAGGUGUGCCGUGGACCGGCAUCAUACGGAUAACAACGGGAGUCUCUUGAUCCUGUGCACGGACGCCAGCGGUAGGAACGCGUCUGCAGGGAGAAUACUGGCGAUCACUAAGGGGAAAGACUACGAGAAUGAGGCAUCCAUCUUUGACCUGGCGACCAGUGGAGGAGCAGCACCUGUGGGAGGGUUCAUCUACAGAGGCUGUCAGUCCAGAAGGCUCUACGGGAGCUAUGUGUUCGGAGACAAGAACGGGAACCUGCGGAUCCUCCAGAAGGGCUCAGCGGCGGCAGGGGACCAGUGGCAGGAGAAAGCUCUGUGUCUGGGGACCAGCAGUUCCUGUGGCUCCGCUCUGGUGGGACAUAUCCUGGGCUUCGGAGAGGACCAACUAGGUGAAGUGUACAUCCUGGCCACCAGUAAAAGCAUGGCUCAGUCACACAGUGGGAAGCUCUACAAGCUAGUGGACCCUAAAAGGCCCGCGGUCCCUAAGGAGUGUCAGAGACAGGUGGAGGCCCCGGAGCUGCUGGGAACGGCCUGCUCACGGCAGUGUAAGAACGGACACUGCACCCCCACUGGGAAGUGUUGCUGCAGCACCGGCUGGGAGGGACCCUUCUGCAGAGUGGCUAAAUGCGAGCCGGCCUGCCGUAACGGAGGCGUGUGUGUUGAGCCCUACAGCUGCCUGUGUAAGAGCGGCUACUCGGGCGCCCAGUGUGAGAAGGGCGAGCGGGGCAUGCCUAGCGACCAGGAGAAGGACGGCAUCCUGGACCACAUCAUAGACAUGACCUCGUACCUGCUGAACCUCACUAGCUACAUGGUAUAGGGGCAUGGGGAGGGGUCCACUCCCACCGCAACCCCCCCACCCCACCCCCCCACCCCUGAGACACACCCCCCUGUCUGAACGUACCCUGUCCCAGUCAACACCCAGACUCUGGUAAUCUUCCUGCCCAUAAGCUCCGGUAGGCUACGUACACCAGGCAUCCAGGCCAAGCAUCCCUCCAGAGACCAUCACACAGACAGACACAGCAACGUGAUGGUUGAAUGCAUGGUAAUCGUCAUCUAUGGUCUAAUGGUUGGACCUCCACCGUGGCUACAUAAGCUCUUUUAUACUCUUCUUCUCCAGGAGAAAGUUCUUCUCGUCUCUCUCCCACUCUGGAACCCCCAUGCAGAUGACUUGAUUUUAGCACUGCACCCCUGCUGAGAACAGAGGGAGACCCCCUCGCGUUCUCUCCACACAACAACAACAUAAACAGCGGCCAUUUUGACUGACGCCUUACAGAGAGCGAAGGGGAGUCGGCUGAGCUGAAACACGGCGAGGUGGGCGGAGGCGUGGUGACUUAAGUUAUCCCCCAGGACUGGAGAGUGGACAGCCCAAUACUGGGGGUUAGCUUUGGGUCUGCCUUCACCAACACAACACAGUCUAUAUACAGCCUUUAAAUGAACAUGCCAAUCUCUUCAGCAUCAGCAAUGCAAUGAUACUGACACUGACUGAAGAGUUUCUGAUAAUCUUACUGUGCCGUGUAUAGAGCCCCAUACAGAAUCCUGUACUAUCUUGUCUAAAGGCGCUAAUAUGAACGACCAAUAGACCAAUGUCACAGUAAUAAUAAUGAUUAUUGUUAUUUUGACCCACUGUUUUCUCCGGGUGAUGUUUUGUGGGCACAUCUUCAUAGAAAAAGCUACGUUUUGAUACUUCAUGAUUUGCGGUAUAGAUUUGUUGUUCAUCGCUCACUUGACAUGCUGCCAAUGUACAGAAUGGAUCCAUAGCUGAAGAAUGAGUGUCUUUGGACUCAACAGGUAUCGAUAGAGUUUAUAUGGCUGUGUCCCAAAUGGCACCCUAUUCCCCGUAGAGUGCACUACUUUUGACCAGAGCCCUAUGGGCCCACGUCAAAAAUAGUGAGCAUCAUACGGAACAAGGGUGCCAUUAGGGACAGAGUCUAUGACAUUGUUAGGAUAGAGCUCAUAGCUUUGCACUCCCAAUGUCAACGCCAGUUUGAUACAUUUGAAAUGGAGUCAUCAACUCCACGCACUGUAAUGUAAUGUUUUUUGUGUUUCACAAUCAAGGGCAGGCGAUUAUGUUGGGACUAUAGUACGGUGUCAUACAGCAGUGACGUUGUCACACACUAACACAGUGGCAUGCAGCAGGUCAAAUCUCACUCUUAAUCUCUCACACUGACCACACACACACACACACUAACACAGUGGCACGCAGCAGGUCAAAUCUCACUCUUAAUCUCUCACACUGACCACACACACACACACACUAACACAGUGGCACGCAGCAGGUCAAAUCUCACUCUUAAUCUCUCACACUGACCACACACACACACACACACACACACACUAACACAGUGGCACGCAGCAGGUCAAAUCUCUCACACUGAACACACACACACACUAACACAGUGGCACGCAACAGGUCAAAUCUCUCACACUGAACACACACACACACACUAACACAGUGGCACGCAGCAGGUCAAAUCUCACUCUUAAUCUCUCACACUGAACACACACACACACUCGCUACACAACUUCAGUGGUAGUUCUACAGGGACAGAAGCUGAUGUAUAUUUCAUACAUAAAGAGCUGAACUAAGUACUACUUAGCCUUGCUAAAUAAUAUAGUGUUACUAUUGUUUCGAUAGAGGAGGGUUUAUUUUUUUAACUGUGAUAAUGUAUGGGAGAGGACGGUGUUUGUAGAAAGUGGUUUUGCAUUAAGCUUAAAAAAAUCAUAUUUUUUUGGUCUUUUUUUUGCUAACACACAAACACAAAUUAUGCUGUGUUUUUCCACUGUAUAAAAACACACAGUGACACGUGCAGUACAGAUCAGCACCGUGUGUUAAAGGCCACGCGUGUCUACACCUGAAUGGGAGAGUUUGGAACCGACCACUGAGACACAACACAAGGCUCUCUCUGUGUUUCCUUCCCGUAGUGCCUCUGUCUGUGGCGCUCAACUGCAGCAUAACGGUCGCUGUUUGGUCUCUGUUUUAGGCCACCAACUUAUUGGAGCCUGUUCCCAGUCGGAUGAGAAGAGUUCCUCCAGGUAGAUCAGAUGAAAGGUGGUUUCACACCAGACGCUCUACUCUACCUACUGUGAGACGUUCAGAUAAGACAGAUGGAAUGAUCAAAUGUGUCAAGUAUGAACCCAGACUUCUUUGAUCCACUUUGUGGUGAACUGUGAUCCCUUAACAAAUGAACAGCCUAAAGAAGACGUUGCUCAUCUCAAAGCCAGGGAUCUAAACCGUCUUCGGCGAGCCAAACGACAAUUAAAAAAAGACUAAUUAUGUUGGAGCCCAUCGAUGUGUUGACUUUCUUCAGAAGACUGUAUAAAACACAUCACGUAACGCCACUAAUCUACAGGUUGAUCAGGAUUGGUUCAUUUGAUUUAGUGCCAUUGCAAAUUCCUUGAUACCGUAUUAAUCUUGAGUCUCCUGAUAGUAGUUCAGCAAAGCUCAAAGCAACUUCUUACAUCUUGUGCCAAUGUUGUCUUUUUUUAAGUGCCUGCCCCCACACAAUUGGAAUGUCUUUAUUUCUAUGAUCAUAUUUUGUUUUGAGUUCCCGUUCUAAGCAUGGUUAGAAGUGUUCAGGGUUUUCCAAUUCCUCUCACUCUCUCUCUCUCUCUCUCUCUCUCUCUCUCUCUCUCUCUCUCUCUCUCUCUCUCUCUCUCUCUCUCUCUCUCUCUCUCUCUGUAU